AUGAGAUUUUUCUUUCUCUCCCUUUCCCUUUCUAUUCACUUUCCCUCUCCUCCACCUAAUUCUAUUACUUUUUUCUAUCUUCCUUCUCUCUUCUCUUAUAUAUCUCUCUUCAUUUUUCUCUCUUAUCCUGUUUUCUUUUUUCCCUCUCACCCAUUUUUCUCUCCUCUUCCCUUUUUCUCUUAUCUCUCACUCUCCCCUUUUCUCUCAUCCCCUUUUCUCUCUCCUCUCUCUCUUCCCCAUUUCUCUCCUCUCUCUGUUCCCCAUUUCUCUCCUCUCUCUGUUCCCCAUUUCUCUGUUCCCCAUUUCUCUCCUCUCUCUCUUCCCUUUUUCUCUCCUUUCUCUCUCUCUUCCCCAUUUCUCUCCUCUCUCUCUUCCCUUUUUCUCUCCUUUCUCUCUCUCUUCCCCUUUUCUCUCCUCUCUCUUCCCCUUUUCUCUUCUUUCUCUCUCUUCCCCAUUUCUUUCCUCUCUCUCUUCUCCAUUUCUCUCCUCUCUCUCUUCCCUUUUUCUCUCCUUUCUCUCUCUCUUCCCUUUUUCUCUCCUCUCUCUCUUCCCCCAUUUCUCUCUCUCUUCCCCAUUUUCUUUCCCCAUUCUCUCCUCUCUCUCUUCCCAUUUCUCUCCUCUCUCUCUUCCCUUUUCUCUCCUUUCUCUCUCUCUUCCCUUUUCUCUCCUCUCUCUCCCCUUUUCUUCUCUCUUCCCCAUUUCUUUCCUCUCUCUCUUCCCAUUUCUCUUCUCUCUCUUCCCCUUUUCUCUCCUUUCUCUCUCUCUUCCCUUUUCUCUCCUUUCUCUCUCUCUUCCCUUUUCUCUCCUUUUCUCUCUCUUCCCUUUUCUCUCUCUCUCUCUCCCCAUUUUCUUCUCUCUCUUUUUCUCUCCUCUCUCUCUCUUCCCCUUUUCUCUCCUUUCUCUCUCUCUUCCCCUUUUCCCCUUUUCUCUCUCCUUUCUCUCUCCUCUCUUUCCCUUUUUCUCUCCCCUCUCUCCUCUACCUCCCUCUUUUCUCUUUUCAUCUUGCUUUUUUCUUCCUUUUUUCUCUCACCUCUCUCUUCACUUUUUCUCUUCUUUCCUCUGUCAUCUCCUUUUCUCUCUCCUUCUUUCUCUUUUCUACUUUGUUCUUUUCUGUCUCUUUUUCUCCUAUUUACUCUCCAUUCUCCCUCUACCCCUUUCCCUGUUUGUAAUUUUACUCCUUCCUUUUAUAAAUAUCAGGAACAUAUAAAAGUAUAA